AUGGAUUUUAAGGCCUUCAGAAUCUACGUCCUUGCUGGGCUAAUAGCCAGGCGCUUGCUUUUUCGUGCAUUUAUGCUUGCCUCGGCUCUUUCCCUUAUUCCUGUUGUCCAAAUAAUUUCUGGGUCUGAUCCAAUAUUGCUCGAUCAUGUGAACUUCCAUGAAUGUAAUUCGCCAUUUAUGAUUACUGGCACGAAUUUGUUUCAGCACAGGUUUUUGAAACCCAUUUGGAACUCAUUUGAGUGCAAGGAAGAUGUGAAUUUGACUACUGAUGUUGUUAGAGUGCUAAUGGUUAAGCAACUGUUGGAUUAUAACACGAAAGCUCUCUAUGUCGGUGAAGGAUCUGCUUCUGCUGUUUAUGCAUUGCGAGAGUUAGGAUUUUCAAAUGCUUGUGGAUCUCACAGACACCCAUUUUUCUCGCUUAAGCAUAGAAAAUUCGUUUAUGAACUUCAAUAUCCAGACAAUUCCUUUGAAUUUGUCUUGUCUAGGGACCUAGACAAGGUUUCAGUCCCUGCUAUUCUGGUGCUCGAGAUUGAGCGCGUUUUGAAGCCCGGUGGAAUUGGGGCUAUGCUUGUGGGUGUCAUUGGUUUGAACCCAAAUGGCUUGAUUAGAUCUGCUACACCCGUUUCAUCAUUAUUGAAAGCCUCAAACGUGGUACAUGUUAGUUAUGUUCAUGAGUAUACAUUGGUUGUUUUCCAGAAAAGCUUUGAAAAAGUUGGUUACUUUGAGCAAUUCCGUCUACCAGCUGAUUGCCAAUCGUUUUCGAAUAAUAGACCUUUUAUGAAACAUCUAGAGCCCCUUGUGGAGAAUAAGGAAAUGGGGCUUGAGAAAAAGAUUUCAUUUCUGCCCAAUUUCAGUGAUGUGCCUUCCAGGAAGAAAUUGGUGUAUGUUGAAAUUGGGGCAGACUCUAGUGUUGCUAAUUGGUCUAUUCCAAAUUAUCCUGUGGAUCACAAAGUGUUUGAUAUUUAUUUUGUUGGCCACAACGCUUCUGUUCUACUUUCUCAUGUUAAAAAACCUGGUGUUACCUUCAUAUACUAUCCAGGCCUCGCCGGAGACAAGAUUACUGCUUCCAUUUCUGAUGGUGAAGAUCUGGAACCAUCAGUGGAAGAUGAGGGAUUUGAUAUCCUUUCUUGGUUUAGAGAAACUGUGGGGCAUGCAGAUUUUGUGAUUGUGAAGAUGAAAGCAGGGGAGGCAGAAUUGAAAUUCCUCACUGAUUUGUACGAAAGUGGAGUCAUAUGCUUUGUCGACGAGCUGUUCCUUAGCUGUGCAGACCAUGUAGAUGACAAUGGUGUGGUGAGCAAGGACUGCAUGGAUAUACUCAAGAGCCUUAGAAGCAGUGGCAUGUAUGUCCACCAAUGGUGGAGAGAUUAA